UUGAGGGUGUAGGAUAACACACAGCAGCCAUGAGAAGACAAAUAUAUGAUAAGUAACCGCAGCGAGAAACUUUCACGGACCAACAUACGAUGGAUUGUUUUUUUAUUAUGACACCGCUUUAUUCCAAACCAGCGACUGCUCUUAACGCUCUUAUUAACAUUUUAACUCGAAACCUUCACUGGAGCGCGCACCAGGCAACUGGCUGAUGUGUUUAUCAGAGAGUAAAAAACUUGGAUUGACUGCAAUGGCAUCCAUUUUAAGAAGACUGUGUUCCCUAUGCUGCUGCUUGAAGCCACAAGAGGAAGCUGAAGGCAUGACUAAGCGCUAUAAAAUCCAGUCACCCAGCAGAAAGAGUGUAAAAAAAACAUUCUGCAUGUUUGGAAAGAUGCGAAAGGUGACCAGCCUGCCUGAGCUUGAGGCUGUGAUCAGCGAACACAAAAUGGACAACGCUUUCGAGUGUCCAAAAAUACUAACAAAGGAAAUGAUUUAUUCUGAUCAGCUCGUGGCAGAAAUUUUGCCCUCGGACUUGCCUGAAUGUCCGAGGGCAGUGGGGAGUGGUGAUGGUUGUAAAACAGAAUAUAGUGAGAAGGAGGUUGUAGCAUCUUCGGACAGUGGCUACUGUGAUGAUGAUGUGGACGAUGGGGAAGAGGAAUCUGAAUGGGACAAGGAAAAUAUUUCAUAUAUAGAGUUUUCAGCGACGCUCUCAGAAAACAAAGGCUUUGAGUCCUUGUACAGCAAUGCUUCUGACAAUCCGCACCACUUCUUCUGCUCUACUGAACCCAAAGUAAUGGCUUCAGAACUUGAUUACUGCAUGAAUGAUGAGGAUGAGGACGCUGUUCCUUGUCAUCAAAAGAAAGAAACAAAGGUUUCAGAUGAGGAUGAAGACGAAUCUGAAUGGAGUGAGGAAGAUUCUGAUUGGUCUGAUGAAGGAGAUGAUGAAAUACCUGCAGAAAGCAUAAAGUUUUGGAAUUCCUUUUUGAACAAAAGUGAUCCCUACAAUCCACUCUACAUCUGCCUUACUGGAACUAAAACAAAAGCAUCAGAGAUCCAACAAAUCGACACACCUUCAAACCCCAGUGCCAGAGAAGAUGAACACGAUGCUGUACCGUGCACAAAGAAAACAGCGAGCAAGGUGCGUUUCAGUAAGGAGGUGACUGUCCAUAUACUCGAGGAAUGGCCCCUUGAAAGUCAGGAAGCACGAGCUGGGUCUUGUUGGAUGGAGAUGGCAAUUGAUAGACAGCGUUUUAAAAGGAGAGUGGAGCUAACUGAAAAGAUCAUCAGCCCGUAUCUCGAAGCUCAGCACAGAGCCAAAGUUUUUGACCGAUUUAUUGAACCACUCUGACUUGUCAUGCUUUAACAACAAUAAUACAGGGCAGCUGCUUUUAUAAUCAUAAUAAAAAAUAAGAAUAUAUGUUUAAAGUAAAAGAAUUUGAAUUAUGUGGUAUUUUGUAUUUACCUCAAGACACUAAAGUUACUGACUGCACUGUGAAAAUCACUUUUUUUUUUUUUCUUCCCCCUUUGGUAUUGGGACCAAUUUGCACUGAUCCACAAUUUUAUAUUUUAUUACAUGUAUACAACAUUCCUGAAUAUACAUUAUGUGGUGCUUUUGUUAUGGGGUUGGUGCUAAAAACAAUUUCCAAUAAACAUUACGUCACUUCCA